ACAGGCGGUCCCGGGUGUCUUGCGGAGGGGGCGCGCGUCAGUUCCGCGCGGGGCUGUCGGGGAACCAUGGCUGCCCCGAGAGAAAGUGUCAGUUUAUUAUUCAAGUUAUACUGCUUGGCAGUGAUGACCCUGAUGGCCGCAGCUUAUACCAUAGCUUUAAGAUACACAAGGACAUCAGACAAAGAACUCUACUUUUCAACCACAGCCGUGUGUAUCACAGAAGUUAUAAAGUUAUUGCUAAGUGUGGGAAUUUUAGCUAAAGAAACUGGUAGUCUGGAUAGAUUCAAGGCAUCUUUAAGAGAAAAUGUCUUGAGGAGCCCCAAGGAACUGAUGAAGUUAAGUGUGCCAUCGUUAGUGUAUGCUGUUCAGAACAACAUGGCUUUCCUAGCUCUCAGCAAUCUGGAUGCAGCAGUGUACCAGGUGACCUACCAAUUGAAGAUUCCCUGUACUGCUUUAUGUACUGUUUUAAUGUUAAAUCGGACACUCAGCAAAUUACAGUGGAUAUCAGUUUUUAUGCUGUGUGGUGGAGUGACACUUGUACAGUGGAAGCCAGCCCAAGCUACAAAAAUUGUGGUGGAACAGAAUCCAUUAUUAGGGUUUGGUGCUAUAGCUAUUGCUGUGUUGUGCUCAGGAUUUGCAGGAGUAUAUUUUGAAAAAGUAUUAAAGAGUUCAGACACUUCUCUUUGGGUGAGAAACAUUCAAAUGUAUCUAUCAGGGAUUAUUGUGACAUUAACUGUCGUCUACUUGUCAGAUGGAGCUGAAAUUCAAGAAAAAGGAUUUUUCUAUGGUUACACAUAUUAUGUCUGGUUUGUCAUCUUUCUUGCAAGUGUUGGAGGCCUCUACACUUCUGUUGUGGUUAAGUACACAGACAACAUCAUGAAAGGCUUUUCUGCAGCAGCAGCCAUUGUCCUUUCUACCAUUUCUUCAGUGAUGCUGUUUGGAUUACAGAUAACACUCACCUUCGCUUUGGGUACCCUUCUUGUAUGUGUUUCCAUAUAUCUCUAUGGAUUACCCAGACAAGAUACUACAUCCAUCCAACAAGGAGAAACAGCUUCAAAAGAGAGAGUCAUUGGUGUGUGAUUUCAGCUUCCAGUGAGAUUUCUACUAAGACUAAACCAUUUGCAUUAAACUAGAGCCUUAAGUCAAUCCCAGAAGGUAGCUUAAACAAAAACAACAAAUUAACUGAUGGCAUAAGAAAGCUAUCUGAGUGAAUUGCUAAUACAGAGAUUUAAUAUGGAACUGUUUGGGUCAAGCUGUUGUUUCAGAAUGAAUUUUAUUAUUGUAUAUAUAUAUAUAAUGUACAUAAAAAGUAUGGAG